AUGGAACUAACCAAAAUUGUCCACGACUCUCUGCCAGUAGGAUCUCAAACAGUUCAACACGACGAGGAAAAGGAAGCGCACGCCGAAGCGGCUAUGGUUAACUGUGUUUUAUUACUACUACUUGUCCACCUCCUACAUAUUACUAUCAAGAACAUGAGCCCAUCCCCCGUCUCCUAUCCCCAGAAGUAUUUGCAAAGUAACAUCUCGGACAAUAAAAAUUCCACAUCAUCCACGCAGCUGCCACCUUGCGCUCUUCAAGCAUCCAAGGACACCAGACAGAAACAUCUUUCACAUCUGAAUGACGACCACCGUUGA